AUGGGAGCAGUACGCGGCAUCGAACCCCGGCGACUAGCAUUACGAUACGAGCCCCCAGGCAUCAUUGUCGAGUAUAUCUACCACAGCACUGCCGCCAAGCAGCUUUAUCACCACGAAAUUGACUUGAAGACGGAACUGGCGUCGGUUGGAGCAAGCAGGUUUAGCGAAUAUCGCAUUGACGAGGUUGUCAACAAUAUCAUUAGACAGCACGGCGACGUUGUCGGGGACAGCAAAGUUUCGUCAGCACAGCUUGUUCGCCUGGUUCGGAGGCUUGUUGAUCAUCAAACCACAGCUCAAGAAGCUACGUCGGCACCCAUUCUACCACAGGCAGACUACAACCGCGUGUCUGAGAUGCAGCUCAAGCAGGUGAAGCAGAAGAUGGACCUGGUCUUCGAGCAAAACAUUAUCCGCCCAGACCAAGAAGGCUUUCAAUACGACAAACAAGUCGCGUUUCAGCCAGCGACAGAGGCUUCUGACUGGGACGACUAG